AUGGCUGAGCCAGGGAAGCUCCGCGACCCUUCAAACAGAACCUCACCACCUCCCGUCGAUACGUCGCCCUCCGCUAUGGGCGAGCCCAACCCCAAAGAUCUGCUCGGCGGCGUCGAGUUUGACGAGCAAGUCCACUUGCGCGCGCUGAACCGCUCGCCGCACCCCUACCACCGCGGCCAAAACGAGAUACCCAGCGACUACGACCGCCUGGCGCCCCCCGCGGCUAUGGCACGCCAGGGACAGCUAUCGCCCAUACGCGCGACUGCGUUCUCCAAGGAUUCGACGCCCGUCAGCGACAGCGGCACCGAGGCAGACGACGAGCACUUCCUGCGCGGCCUGCCGGCGCCCAAGACGAAGCUGCACAAGGGGCUGCGGGGCCGCAACGAGGCGCUUUCGGGCACGGCGACGCCCAUCUCACCGUCCAUCAUAGAGGAGGAGGAGCGGGAGCCUCUUCUUGGAAAAGAUUCUGCAUCGAAAACAGCGCCCUCGGGGAAUAUACUACUGAGCCCCCUCCGUCGCUAUCGCAAUGUCGUGCGCCGGCUCACAGAGGGUGGCAUCAUAGCGCUGCUCGGCGAAUUCGUCACCACCAACUCACACGUGGCACCUAUAUACCAAAAAUGGCACAAGGACUUUCAGCUAUUUCUCGGCCUUGCUGCCACGCUCGCCGCCGUGUACCCUAUUCGAGUCUUACUCUGGUCCUAUCGCAAACGAAGCCCCGCGCGAUGGUUACCAAUCACAAUACCCGCCAAUUUCGACCCUGCGCCGUUAUUAUACCCGCCAGCUAUAACAAUUCUGGUUUCCCUCCUUAUUUCUGUUGACAAUGUGACCGUGCUUCUGUCCAACCUGGUUCUCAGCAUCGGCGCCCUCCCGCAGCAGCUCUUCCCCAAACUCGAGUACACGGCAUCCUACGACACACUGCAGUGGGCAGUGACAUGCCUCCCCCUGCUCUGGGGAAAGGACUCUGGGAGCCAUCUUCACCAAGACUCUACCAAUUUGCCCUUGUCGCCAGAAGCUAUUGUGUUGCUGUAUCCUUUGCACAGAACACUUUCCUUAGUGCUGCAUGGCCUGACCACCACGAGCCUGCUUGUAGCCGAGCUGCAGCUGCUCUCCAUUGCUCUUAUCAACGUCCUGAUACUUGGCACUUCGCCGCAAAUACAAAUUCUCAAAGCGCUGCUUUGGGGGGGCGGCCUCGGCAUUCUCGUCCUUUGCGGCGCAGUAAUUCAAUGGGGCAUUGCUCUGGCUCGCGUGCCCAAGUGGCGCUUUCGAAGACUGCCCAGCAGCCAAAGAUCGCCCAUCUGGAAGUCCCUACUACGACUGCUUUCGCUGCGGCGGCUACGAGCCGAGCUCCGCGGCUUGCAACCCGAGGAUCUGGCCUACUCGACGGCGUACUCUACUGAAGACGAGGCCGAGAGCGGACCGGCCUUUCGCACACCGGCUAGAACCCGAACUUUAGGCCCGGUAUCGACAUCCCUUGGCACCGAGACCAGCACGGCCAUGACUUUUACAGAUUACGACGAAGAUGGCAUUGAGGGCAUCUCGCGAAGACACACUCUGCCACCGCUAGACAAGCCAGCGCGCCGCGCCAGCGCUCAUACACCAUCUGGUCGCCGCAAACGUGCCACCUCGCUCUCUGUGCGGCCGUUUCUGAAACUCACUUACGAGCAGGCUACAGUUCGCAAGUGGGCGUACGCCGCCUAUGUAUACGUCUGUAUUAUAUUGCUCAUUCUGGUCGGUGUCCGCACCUACGUCGCGCGCUAUGCACUGUCCGGCCAAGAACCCAUCGGCUGGGCCCUGGGCUACCUUUUUGGCGACAUCCCCUGGUUCCGCCUGCAGGUCGUGAAGGCGAAUUUGGAACGCUGGAUCUGCUUGCCCCCGCACCACGCCCACAAGCCCGACGCGGCCGUCGCCGGCCUCGGCUGGGUCGAGACGCUGCGCUUGCAGCACCUUGGCGCCGCUACGACACGCCUCACCCUCAGCGGUUACUGGCUCGCUGUCCUCCUCGCCGGCCUUCUCGUUGUCUUUCAACUCCAGCACACGUACGAGGUCGAUACGCGCCGCAAGGUGUUUCACUUUACCAUGGUCGGCAUGUUCCUGCCUGCGCUUUACGUGGACCCGACCUACGCCGCGCUCGCGCUCUCGCUCGUCCUCGCCGUCUUUUUGCUCCUUGAUCUCCUACGUGCCAGCCAGCUGCCGCCACUCUCUAAGCCCAUUGCCGCCUUUCUCGCGCCCUACGUCGAUGGCCGCGACUUUCGAGGGCCCGUCGUCGUUUCCCAUAUCUUCCUGCUCGUCGGCUGCGCCAUUCCCCUCUGGCUGGGCCUCGCGGCUGUCGGCCGUGGCGGCGAUGGCUGCGCCGCCGGCUGGGAGGUGCCGACGCGCGACGCGAGCCUGGUGGCCGGCGUCGUCUGCGUCGGCUUGGGUGAUGCCGCUGCCAGCCUCAUCGGACGCCGCUAUGGGCAUCGCAAGUGGCUCUGGGGCGGCGGCAAGAGCCUCGAAGGCAGCGUGGCGUUUGCGGCGGCUGUCUUUGCGGGGCUGAGCUUUGCGAGUGCGUGGCUGCGGAUUGGGUCCUGGCCGACGGCCGACGAGCCGCUGUCGGCGCUGGCGGCGGCGUGGCAUGCGGGCGUCUGCGCGUCGCUGUCGAGUGUGACGGAGGCGGUCCUGACAGGAGGCAAUGACAAUGUAAUUGUACCUGUUGUCUUGUGGACAUGUGUAAAGAGUCUGGGGGUAUGA